AUGGUCGACACUGAUACUAUAAAUCUUUCGCUGACUUGUGCAAUUUGUUUGGAUGUAGCCUCAUCAGAUAAUGCGGUAGAAACAUCUUGUUGCCAUCAACUGUUUUGCUUACCUUGUAUUGAAAAUGUCCAAUCAUGUCCUACUUGCCGUGAGGAAAAUUAUCAAACACUUCCUGCUUACUUUGCUCGUCGUCUCAUUGGUAAUUUGACUGUGCCAUGCUCUAAUGAUGGUUGUACAAUUAAAGUUAGUCGUUCAAAUUUAGCUAAUCAUCUAGCUGUUGGCUGUGAUUAUAGUCCAAUGACUUGCCCUGAUCCAGAAUGUCAUUAUCUUAAAUGUGCAAAAAAGUUUUUUCUCGAACAUUUAACAAAUAAACAUAAACAAUUUUUACUUGAUAAUUAUGAAAAAUUAUGGCAGAAACAAGAAAAUAUUGAAACAAUGACCAUCUUACAAUCAAAUGAAAAACCACAAGUUCUUGUUGAUGCACCUGCACCUAUCAAUGAUGCCGUGUUUGAUGAUCGAAUUGAAAGAACACAAAAUAAGUUUGGUCGGUAUGCACGUUUAGGUAGUACCGGUAAGUUUUAUUGUGGUGGUGAAUUAGAUGGUUUUCGAUGUUCAUGUUGUAAUGGUCGAUGUGGACCAUCAAAUGGUUGUAAUUGUUCGGGAUGUAUGUUGCUUGAUGUUCAAAAACGGCAGUUACCACAUGGAUGGUUAGUUAAUCGUGAUGGGGCAUCGGCCAGAUAUAGCCGAGUAGUACCAGCAAAAUUUUAUUGUGGUCGAUUGGUAAUGACACAUGAUCAAAGAACGGAUGGAUAUUGUGGACCUACAAAUGGAGAACAGUGUAUGGCAUGCCAGAAACUAAAUGAACAACAAUAUCGAAGAUAUGGAGAAAUUUAA